AUACCCCAGGAAACUGUUAACAGUGCUUCCCUCUUAGGACAGUACUGGAAGCAGAGGGUUGACGCCCAGUUAUUGAAAUGCUGCUAUACUGGUUGUCUGGAUACAUCAUCCAAGGACCCUCAAAUGUACCCCCUGCCACUUUGGUCACCCCAAUUCCUCCCCUGGCACCCUCAGGCCUCCUCAUAAUUCAGCAACUAAGGGGUUAAUGCCUGGCCCGGGGGUAGGAGUGGGGUCCCCCAGGGCCCUGUUCCAGCCCCGUGGCCCAUGUCUAUUCUGAUUGUUCAAUAGCCUUGUCUUACUGGUAGUUAAAUAUUUUGAGUACCAUCGCCUUGGGGGUUGGGAGGGAGAGGCCUUUACUCUUUAAGAGCAAAAGAAUAUACACCAAGGCAUUGUUCAUAACAGGAACGAAAAAGAACGACCAAAUUUGCUCUGAAAUAAUCUGGUGUUGGAGGAGUGAGCUGGGUACAGAUAAAUGAGAUUAUCCACAAGUUGCUAAUUGUAGGAGCUAGGUGAUGGCAAGGGCCUCCUGACCUAGCAGCCAAGACUGCCCCUGACCUCUUGCCAUGGACCCCAACCCUCUCAUCUACUGCACCUGCUGGGACCCCUGGAACUCAGGGCCACGGAAGCUAAUCAAGACCCCUCAGCCACUAAGCAAGAGCUCCACAGGGAAGCCCAAGCUAACUCCUCUUCCUCCAGCUUCAAAAAAACAAAAUUAUGUCCAACCAACAACAAAACCUGUUGUCGCCCCAAAAGUGAAAACCCACUUCGGAAAACAAGAGGAGAGCAAUAAAUCACCUUGCGAAGUGAUAAACGUGUCCCCUGGCUACCGCCUCACUCGGAAUAGGGAGCAGAUUUCUGUCACCCUGGGAGAUGAGAUGUUUGAUAGGAAAAAGCAGUCGGAAUCAGAGAUCAUGGACAAAGUCAAAAUUUCCAGGACUGAUAUCAUUGUUGACCUAGAGGAGCAGAUCUCAGAGCUGACAGUGAUAAUAGAGCAAAUGAACAGAGACCACCAGUCUACCCAAAAGUUGCUCUCCCAUGAAAUGGAUCUCCGCUGUGCCAAGAUGCAGCAGAGCUUUGAGAACAAGACCAGGAAGCUCAAAGAGGCCCACGCAGCAGAGCUCACUGAGUUGGAGAACAACUACAAAGCAGCCUUGAGGGCGGAGAAGUUGGCUGCCCAGGAGAAACUAGAGGAGAUGCAAAAGGAGUAUAAGUAUUUGAAGAAUAUGUUUUAUAUGUAUCAGGACAGCAUUUAUGAUGAGUUGGAAGAUAAGUGGUCAAAGAAGAAGGCAGAAUGGGAGAAGGAUGAGAAGUUGGAGCGGGAAAAGAUCCUGCUAAAGCAAAAACAUAACAUAACAAAGAAGUUUGAGUUAGAGUCGGAAGAAGAAAAGAAGAAAAUCCAGGACUCCCACAGUGCCGUCUUUGAGAACUUCAACCGAGAGAAGGAGGAGCUCUUGAAACAACAUGAAAGGGACACCUUGCAAUUAGAGGAGCUGAGAAAGACCAAAGAGGUCAUAGAGGAAGAGUUGCACACACAAGCUCUUAUCCUAGAAUCACUUAACACAACCCUCUACCAAACCCAGAUGGAACUCCAGAAAGAGAAAGCUGUGGUGGGAAAUCUAGAGAAAAAACUCCAGGCCAAGCUUGCUGAAGCUGAAGAGAAGUUUAAAUAUACCAUACAACUCCUGACCGAAGAAAACAUUCAUCUAAGGCAAAAGAUAAUCGCCAAGAAUGAAGAAAUUUAUCAACGAUAUGGGAGAUCACCUUCCCUUACUGUUUAUGAGGAAGAUUCUGACACUUUAGAAGAUGGUAGCAAAAAAAGACAAGAAUCAUGAGCAGAGAAGUUGUUCUCUGUUGCCAAGGAUGGUAGGAACCCCUUCUCUGUGGGCCUAGAGAACUGCUGUGAGGUUUCUUUGAGAAAUGCAUAUGGUGAGUUUAGUUCUUGGGUUGCUUUGAUUGUAUUUGUCUUUUCACAAUUUGCUUCCCUCUGAGUGGUCUGGAAUGUAUGAAUGCUUAUCUCAAUUACAUAGAUUUUCAUGACUCUUCGUUGAAGAGUGAUGUUCUUAAUAGCUGGAGCUGAGCUUUCUCUGGGCUUUGUACUAUUUUCUCUUUCCCUUUUACAUGUUUUAUUGUGAAGACACUGAGCUGAAGAACUUCUUCCUAUUAAAUGUUGACUACAUUUUGUGGUGUACCUUUUGUCCCCCUGGCGCUUUUAGCUAGCUGGAAGGAUAACUUAUUGAUAUGAUUCCAAAGACCUGUCUCUCUUUCAUGUGCCCCACUCCCCCACCUCCCUAACCUGCGAUUUGGAAAGAGUUUCUGGUGAUUCUGCCACUUCUCUAAACCAUCUCCAGAAUUCAAACGCCCACAGGGCAGGCAACGUGAGUAAGUGAAGUGGGCUGGACAUAAGGAAAAACAGAUCACAAGCCCAGGGAUAAAGGGUAGUUGGCAGCAGCCUCAAAGGAGGAGACAGGGCAGUGGGGGGAUAGCAGGAUGGGACUGGGUGAGCCCAUUCCGUUCUUGCUAUACAGGAGCAUGGGGUCAAUGUGGUCAGAUCACCUGAUUUUUCAAAAGAAAGUAUUCUGGUUUUUAUGUGACAUCUCCCAAUUUUUAAAUAUGCACAAUGAAUUUUUUUAAAAUACAACUAUGUGAGACAAUACUGGGAGGCUCAAGUAAAAUGUUUUCACUUGAUACAAAUGUUUUCUACCUGCGAGAUGCCAUUGACAAAAAAACAAAAACGAAACAAACAAACAAUCCAAUCUCCAAGGAAUAGUAAGGUAAAAUUAUAUUUUAUUCUAUUAAAAAUAUUUUUGAAAAAAUCUUCUUAAAAAAACUUACUUCUUAAAAGUAAUGUAAUUCCUAAAUAUUUGGAAUGAAAUGAUAUAUAUAAAAAAGAGCAAAUGCAGAAGAGCACAGCAUCAUUAGUAAAAAAGCCAGUUACACUGGCUGAAACAGAAGCAUGGAUAAACCAUCAGAGCAAUAAGAGAAAAGGCUGAGAGGGGAAUUUAGAAACAACAUAAAGAAUUUGUAAAAUAUUUUUAAUUUUUAAAAGAUUUUAACAUAAGAAAUAUUUUAGGGGCUGGCUCCGUGGCCAAGUGGUUAAGUUCGUGCUCUGCUGCAGCGGCCCAGGGUUUGGAUCCUGGGCACGGACAUGGCACAGCUCGUCAGGCCACGUCGAGGCGGCAUCCCACAUCCCACAACUAGAAGGACCUGCAACUAAGAUAUACAACUAUGUACAGGGGGUUGGGAAGACAAAGCAGGAAAAAAAAAAAAAAAAAGAAGAUUGGCAAUAGUUGUUAGCUCAGGUGCCAAUCUUUAAAAAAAAAAAGAAAUAUUUUAGAGAAAGUUGUAAAGUAGUGUGGAGGAUGGCUUGGAAAGGGAAGGACCGGAAGUACAAAGAAGUGAAUAUCAGAUUAACAUCAGCCCUUUCAAAAGUGAACUUAAUGGUGUACUUAUGAAUAACAAAAACAAGGGAAAUCAUGCCAGGUUUCAUGAAAUCUCAGUGUAAACAGUCUUGGUGUCUUUCCCACUGGAGAGCAGCGUCUUCUCCCAGCUCAGGAGAGGAGGCUCGUGUCUGUCCUUCUGAGAUCACUUGUCACUCUCGCCAGCUGUCACCAGGCUGGAUGUGGGAGCGUCACACCCUGAACCUCAUACGCAGGGAGCAGGAAUGUGAGUCUGGCAAAUUCUCAUAGGAACCAGGAAGGAGGGGAGGGUGAGUAUGGGUUUCUUGACACUUACUGUCUCCUGACAUUUAACAACGUUCGCUGAUCCGAGGCCUUUCACCACCUCCCCUUCUUCAUGUGCCUCGUCAAGUCUCUGGUCUAGCAUUAACUCUGUGUUCAAGGUCAAAGCUGCAGAAUGGAACCCUUAACUUUGUUUUUAAAGUUUAACAAUUUGAAGGGAAUUAAAUGAUUCUAAGUUGAAAGCAGAUGAGAGAUAUGUGGAAAACAUUCUGUCACUGUUUUUGACUCUUUAUGAUAUUAUAUUUCUUUUAAACUUAACUAGACUUUAAAAAUCUACCAUAAGUUUUUUAAAACUUUUUCAUUGAGUUAAAAAUAUAAUUAAAGUCGUGCCCAUGGCUAGAAAUGUCCAGCUGUUAUUGCAGGGCCAGAGAGUUAGGCUUGAAUUUGCAUAAAAAUUAGAUUGUCCUGACUCCCAUUCUCUCCCUUUCCGGCCAUCCAAAAAAAAAAA